AAAUUUCUAAUAAUAUGACGCUAUUCUAACCUAUUUCAAUUUUUACAUUGUUGUUCUCAUAUACACUACACAUUAUUUGUCUCAUAAAGUACUGAUUUAAUUGCAAAAUAUUAGUGGAUUUGAUUUUUAUAUAUCAACAGCUACAAACAAUUAUUAACUAAGAAAAUCAAAAAAUGUUUGAAUUUUAACUUUCAGCAACUGAAAUUGCUAAAGUAAUUGUUACACUUGUCCAGUACAUAAUCAAGAUGGCAAUAAAUUUGAUAGCAAGAAAUGCUAGAAAAGUCCGACAAAAUAAUUUAGGUCAGAGGUUCAAAUAUCUAUUAGUGCUUGAUUUUGAAGCAACAUGUGAUAAAGAUACUAUUAUAGAGCCACAAGAAAUCAUUGAAGUUCCAUGUAUUGCUGUUAAUACACAAAAUUGGAAUGUAGAAAAUACUUUUCAUGAAUAUGUAAAACCAAGGAUCAAUCCAAUACUUACUCCAUUUUGUACAGAUUUAACAGGAAUUAUGCAAGAAACAAUUGAGAAUGAAAAUCAUUUUCCUGUAGUCUUUGAUAAAUUUUGUAAAUGGCUUGAAGCUAAUAACUUCACAAACAAUCCGGAGCAAAGUGCUUUUGUCACUUGUGGAGAUUGGGAUUUGAAAGUUAUGCUUCCAAAUCAAUGUACACUAGAUAAUAUACCUAUACCCAGUUAUUUAAAGCAGUGGAUUAAUUUAAAAGCAGUAUAUUGCGAAGCAACAGAAUAUUUUCCACGAAGUUUAAAAGACAUGUUUAAUAAAUUUAAAUUACCUAUGGAAGGAAAACUUCAUUCUGGAAUUCACGAUACGAUGAAUAUGGUAAAAAUUGUCCAAAUAUUGGGCUCUACAUUUCAAACGAGAUUUAAUAUAACAUCAUCAUUUUCUGAAUCUGACAAAAUUAAUAAAUGAGUGUAAUUUUAUUGGGUCUUUUAUAAUUAUUCUUUGAUUACUUAUAGAAAUAUGUUUAUUGUUUAUAAAAAAUGUUGAUACAAAAGUAUAAAAAUAAAUAAAAAAUA